UAAUUCAUUAAUCAAUUACAAAAGAUGAUGUCUGCUCGUGUAUUCACCCGUUCCAUGGCUUCAGCAGCCAAGUCAAUUAAGCCACCAGUUCAAUUAUUUGGUAUUGAUGGUACUUAUGCCAAUGCUUUAUACUCAGCAUCCGUUCAAGAUUCCUCAGUUGAAAGCAGUUUCCAAGGUUUAACCAAGAUUAAUGAAUUAUUAAAGACUGAUGGUAAAGUUAAUGAAUUUUUAAUCAAUCCAUCUUUAACUAAAGAAGAUAGAAGUAUUGUCAUUGAUACUAUUGCUUCUAAGUUGGGAUUAGAUAAAACUCUUGUUAAUUUCUUACAAGUUUUAUCAGAAAACAAUAGAUUGACUGAAUUUGAAAGUAUUUUUGAAAAAUACUCUGUUUUAAAUGAUGCUGCUAAAGGUAUUGUUAAGGCUAAAAUUACUUCUGCUAAACCUUUGGAUUCAAAAAUCUUGAAAAAAUUACAAACUUCCAUUGGUAAAUCUUCAUUCGUUGGCGAAGGUAAAACUUUAGAACUUGCCAAUGAAGUUAACCCAGAUAUCUUGGGUGGUUUAAUUGUUGAUGUUGGUGAAAAAACGGUUGAUUUAUCCAUCUACUCUAAAGUUUCAAGAUUAAACCAAACUUUAAACGAAGCUUUGUAAGCUUUUCAACUGAUAAGAUAUUAGAAAAGCAAAAAACCAGAAUUUCACUUUAGAGAAUCGUGACGAAAUUU